UGUUCCUGCAAUUUCUUUUGCUCCUCAGAGGGUUGAGCACCUGGUCCGCCGAACAUAAUUUAUAUACAAUAAGUGGUGUUGUCGGUCCGAGCAGCAAACUUGGCUUCAUAAACUAAAAUUUUCUCGGUGCACGUCACGUGGUGCGACUUUGCGGCAGGUUUUGCGAGGUAGAGACCUGCAAUGUGAAGAUGGACUACUGUAGGUUGGUAGCAGGGUUUAGAUAACUUCAAAAUGACUUCGAUAAAACCGUUUAAGAUGGAGGAUUUAUAUGAGUUGAAUAGUGUGAACCUUGAUCCGUUCACUGAAAAUUUCAAUCUUCUGUUCUAUCUUCAGUACCUCUGUGAUUGGCCCACGCUAUUCUUCAAGUCUGUAGAAGACACGGGGAAUGCUAAGAGAGAGAUAAGCGGGUAUAUGAUGGGAAAAACGGAAGGCCAACUAGUUAUGAAAGAGUGGCAUACUCAUAUCACAGCAGUAACGAUUGGCCGCAAUUUUCGACGUAUAAAAUUAGCCUCGGACUUGUGCACGCAUCUCGAACAGAUCACGGCGAUCGCACCCCACGAAGCAUUGUUCGUAGACCUCUUUGUGAAAGUCACAAACACCGUUGCCCGACAGCUAUACGAAAAAUUGGGAUAUCUGGUUUACCGGCGGGUCAUUGGAUACUACGGGGACAAGUACCCCACUGACCGGGAUCAUGUAAACGAUGAUGUCGAUGCCUUCGACAUGCGAAAAGCUCUUCCCCGAGACGUGAAGAGAGAAACAGUGAGAGAAAAUGGGGAGAAAUUUAACGUUUUUCCUCACGAGGUCACAUUUUAAAUCAUGCACCAGACAUAGGAUUCGAAAUAAAGCGAUCUACAAUGCGAGAUGUACAUGCGCCAAUCAUGGGAGAAGACUGCUGCUUUAUGAUAUCAGUCUGGAUCAUUGGGUUCGUUGGUUGGUCAGUUCGGCCCAUGAAAGCCGUUGGCCCCAUAAGUUUUCAAAUUUGGCCAAAUCUGAUUGUGAGUAAUUUUUCAAAU